AUGGUCACGCUGUCUGACUCGCGCUUACCUACUCCAUCCGAAAUGGAACCUCAUUUGCAACGACCUUCAGGCUCAGUUUACCCUGGAGCCAAUGGCGUUUUGGCGGCUCCCAAGUCUCUGAAAAAUUUGGUCGCUUUCGGAGAUUCAUACACCGACAAGGUCAACGUUGGUGACGGCGGAAUCCCAUGGCCGCUCUAUGUCGAAUCUUAUUCCAACCGUACUGUUUCGGUUUAUGACUUUGCACGCUCCGGAGGAACUUGCUCUAACAAGAUUACACCCCGCCCUUUCCCACCUGUAAUGGAAACUCAAGUUCCGACCUACACAGCGAAUGUUACAACCAAGUCUGGGAAUACACAAAUCAUUGGCCCAAAUGGAACCUACGUCCCACUAGCCAGCAAAGAUACCUUGUAUUCCAUCUGGAUUGGUACAAACGACGUCGGUGCGGGCGCACUUUUGACCGACCCUCUCCCGGGUAUCUCGAUCGUAAACACCACAUCGUGCGUGUUUGAUUGGAUGAAGGCGCUGUACGACCAAGGAGCUCGCAACUUUUUGCUGCAGAACAUGGUCCCGCUUCACCUUGCUCCCAUGUACGCCGCAGAUGGGUAUCCCACCAAGUUCUGGAGUGCACCGCAUAACCAGACCGAGUGGAGCAUCCUUAUGGCUGAGUUGGUUCGUUCCGGAAAUGAGCUCUGGGCGCUUCGUACCAAGUACAUUGCUCCUUCUUUGUUCCCGGGUGCACGCAUCGGGCUAUUUGAUUCAUAUGGCCUAUUUUUGGAUAUUUACAAUAACCCGGCUAAAUACCUCGUUGGGCCGACAUACAACGUGAAGGAUGUGGUCAACGCGUGUAAAUUCCCAUACGAUAACGGCACUCUUGUAUGCAAUACCCAACCCCAAUCCAAGAGGGACUCAUAUCUCUGGUGGGACGAACUGCAUCCUUCUGAGCAGGCAAAUCGCGUCGUCGCACGUCAUAUCUUGAACGUUCUCAAGGGCCAGAGCGACCCAUGGGUCUCCUGGUAUGGUGCAAAAUAA